AUGUCUUGGGUCAGGGCGGUGGCGGUGGCCCCGCUGCUCCUGGCGCCCUCCCUCGCGACGAAUUGGUCCGCGAGGGAGCUCUACUCAGGAAGCCACUGCGCAGGGACACCAAACGUGCUCAAGAUGAUCGAAACAGAUACCUGCGACCCGCAAGCCUGUAUGCCACACGAUCUCGGGGGCUACACACUGUUCGUGGCCGCAUCAUGUAACGUUACGGACCGGUUCAAGUACACAGGGGAGCGAUUCCUAGGUUUCGACUACGUCAUGAUGGAGGAGUACGACGGUGUCGGGUGCGCACAUUUGGUCCAAACUACCGUCUAUCCAGCGUCGGAAACGUGCGAGAAAUCCUCUGCACUAGCCAACACGUCCGACAUCGUCAGUCUCUUUUCGAACGGUUCAGCGGUUGUCCUCCUCUUCGACGACGGAGACUGCGGUGGCUCCCCCUCACUAGCGUUUGAACUGGACAGAGAGGAAAUCUUGAAUGGCGAGUGUGUUCAAGACCACUACAGGUUCUACACAGGCACGGCGUCCAGCAGAACUGCCUCUAGUAGUUCAGCGUUCUCAUACGAAAACAGCCAAGCCAAAUGGACCUUCAGUGAGGACUCAGAUGGUCUCGGUUGGGGUCCCAUCACGGCCAUCGUGGUCGGCUCGGUUGCUUGUGUCGCGUUCCUAGCUUUCGCCACCUUCAAGUACGUUCGACGUCGUUACGAUGAUAACCUUUCGAAGGAUUCAGGUAUCGCUGCUCUGGCUGCAAGUUACGCCGGCUACCCGACACCAGAGAGCGCUCUGAACGCGAUCACACUAGGCUCCGAAGCGUCGUACUCACAGGGAAGUAUUGAAGACGAAGCCAAGCCGCGAAGUCGACGCAACUUGAGCGGUAUCAGUGGCUUGUGGGAGGAUGAGAUCAUCAUCACAGCUCGCGUCCCACGAGAGAAGGUUAUAGUACAAGAUCUUAUCAGCCGAGGAGGCUACGGGGAAGUCUACUCGGGUAUGUUUAACGACGAACCCGUCGCUAUCAAGAUGCUGCUGCCAGAAAUGCGCAAGAGUAUCAGCCACUUGAACGCCUUCCUGGCGGAGGUGAAGCUCAUGGCCUCAUUGAAUCACGAACGCAUCGUUCAAUUCGUUGGCGUAGCGUGGGAUUCACUCACGGACCUCUGUGUCCUCUCGGAGUUCAUGGAAGGUGGCGACCUCCGCACGCUUCUCAAGAACUGCGAGGAGCACAAGACGCCUCGAGGGUUCGACCGGAGCAAAGCUACCAUCGCGCUUCACGUUGCACAUGCACUGACUUAUCUCCACUCGUUGUCACCGCCAGUUCUUCAUCGCGACCUCAAGUCCAAGAACAUUUUAUUGACUUCCCAACUGGAUGCGAAGCUCACGGACUUUGGCGUCUCGCGUGAGAGAUCCGACCACACUAUGACUGGCGGUGUCGGAUCUUCGCGCUGGAUGGCGCCGGAGGUGAUGAUGGGAGAACGGUACGACGACAAGGCCGACAUGUUCUCGUUCGGUGUGGUACUGGCUGAACUGGACCAGCACCUGUUACCGUAUGCUAAUGCCAAGGAGAACAGCGACUCUGGUCGAGCGAUGCCCGACUUGGCUAUCCUGCAAAUGGUCGCUACUGGCAAACUCCGCAUCGAGUUUUCGUCGGCAGCUCCCAAGGCGAUCAAGGAACUCGGCAUGGCCUGCGUGUCCAUUGACCCCAAGAACCGACCCACAGCAUCAGAGGCGCUGUACAAACUCCACACCAUCUUAGCUCGCGGACUUUAG